UUAGAGGAACUGUUCUCGCGACUUAACUCCGCGCCUGUUUUAACCAGUCCUUCCGCUGCCCCCGCGUCGCGCACACCGUUCGACUUUGGAGACCGGACGACGUUCGUGCCCGCACCUCCUUCCGAACUGCUCGCCCGCGUACAGGCAUUCCUACCGGAGCUAGCCGCCGCAAACGUAGACCUGCUCCGCCGUGCCCGCGAGGACCCCGGGAGCGUGGACAUUGAGAGCCUCGAGCCGUCCCAGCACGGAUACAUCGAAAUGAACCUCGGCCUCGGCGUAUUCGAGCAGCGC